CCACCGCGCCCUAUAGCGUCACGCGUAACUCUGCGCAUGCCCAGGACUCGCCCGUCCCCCUUCUGAGGCAAGGGGCAUAAGUAUCAACAAUGACUCUUCAGGGGAUUUUUCAGAUUGCAGCCCAUUUAUAUCCCGAAAGAACAGCAGUGUGCUUUGAUGAAUGCAACAGAGAGGCUCCAGUUACCUACACAUACAAGGCAGUUAUUACUUUGGCUGGUGAACUAACAGCUUUCUUGAGGAAACAUUGUGAACUUGGUGAAUGUUUGGAAAUAGGCCUCUACUGCUACCCAGGAAUCAAUUUGCCGUCAUGGAUUAUAGGAAUUCUUCAAGUGCCAGCUGCAUAUUCUCCUAUUGAUCCAGAUGCCAUGCCAAGUCUCUCUGCCUGUUUUAUGAAAAAGUGUAACUUCCAGUAUGUCCUCGUAGAAAAAGACAAAAUGGAUAAAUUCACAGUAACACACGGACACUUGUUUACUCUUUAUUCCCUUGAAGUGCACUGUGUCAGCUUAAUUCUUUUCCAGAGGAAAAAUAGUGAUGUAGAUGUAAGUCUGCCGAUAGAAAAUGUAGAAGACAAACUUGAAAGUCCUGCAGUGACAAACCAGCAGUAUGUGCCAAAACCAUCCCAGGAGUUGUUGGAUGUCAGAGAGAAACACUCCAUAGCAUAUAUUUUGCAUACAUCUGGAACAACUGGGUUGCCCAAAAUUGUCCGAGUGCCUCAUAAAUGCAUAGUACCAAAUAUUCUUCAUCUUCGAGAUAUUUUUCAGAUCACUCCGGAUGAUAUUGUGUUCAUGGCCUCUCCCUUAACAUUUGAUCCCUCUGUGGUUGAGUUGUUCAUUGCUCUGUCAAGUGGGGCUUCCCUGCUUAUAGUACCUCACCUAAUUAAGAUGAUGCCACAAAAAUUAUCCAGAGUGCUCUUUCAACAGCAUAGAGUGUCUGUAUUACAGGCUACACCAACACUCCUAAGAAGAUUUGGAAUUCAGUGUAUUCAAUCAAAGGUGUUAUCUGCAAAUACCUCCCUGCGCAUCUUAGCUCUUGGUGGAGAAGCAUUUCCUGGACUGAAUGUGCUGAGAAGCUGGAAGGAUAAGGGGAACAAAACACACAUCUUUAAUAUCUAUGGUAUUACAGAAGUGUCUUGCUGGGCCACCUAUUACAAGAUUCCUGAGGAGGUUUUCAGUUCUCAUCAAUGUGAUUCCCUCGUUCCACUUGGAGCUCCCUUAUCUGGAACAAUAGUAGAAGUCAAAGACACAAAUGGUUCUACUGUUCUAGAAGGUGAUGGCCAAGUGUUUCUAGGAGGGAAAGAACGUGUCUGUUUUCUUGAUGAGGAAAUAACACUGCCUAUGGGUACAAUGAGAGCAACUGGAGACUUUGUUCGAGUACAGGGCUCUGAAAUGCUUUUUUUGGGGAGGAAGGACAAUCAAAUUAAGCGGCAUGGCAAGCGCCUCAAUAUUGAAUAUGUAGAACAGGUUGUAGAAGGCUGCUGCCAUGUGGAAACGUGUGCUGUGAUAUCAUAUCAACAGGAGAAACUAAUUCUGUUUGUUGUGCCUAAAGGCCAUUUGAAAAGAAGUCACUUUUUAAAGAAACUCCAGCAAUUUCUUCCUAGUCAUGCAGUGCCAGAUGACUUUUUGAUGAUUGAUAGUUUGCCCUUCACCACACAUGGCAAAAUAGAUGUGUCCGAGCUGAACAUGAUUUACAGUAAUUAUCUCCACUCCAGAAGGAAUGAUGUUAAGCUGAGUGAAAAAGAAGAAUUGUGGGAGAGAUUGCAGUGUUUAUGGAAGUCUCAUCUGAAUCUUCCUGAUGAUUCCAGCAGCAUUGUAAAAGAGGCACUGUUUCUGCAGAGUGGUGGGGAUUCAUUAAAAGCACUACAGUUCCAUGAAGAAGUUGAAUUUAUGGUAGGCAAGACCGUGCCGGGCCUCCUGGAAAUCAUUCUUAGUCAUUCUGUUGGGGAUGUCUAUGAGCAUAUUCUAAGGACAGCUUUCCCAGGCGACGAUGUAAAAGGAACCUGUACAAAUGCUUUGAAAAGAAAAAUGGGUGAAAGCGAGGGAGAGGACACCAGUGCAAAGCGGGCAAACCGAAAAUGGGAAAGGUCGAGUACUGAUGUGGACCCAGUUGGAUUAAUCGUGAUAAGACGAGGCAACCGAUCCUUGUCUAUUGGUAAGCCGUUGAAGAACCAGAGUGAAACAGAACAAGCAGGAGAUUAUGCAACAUGGAAGACUCAACAUGAUGAAACAAUUGCCAGCAAUGAAAAUAUAGCAGAGGUGGAUUCUGUUAGAAAAACCCCUUUACAUGAGAAUCAAAGAACUUUUGAAAAUCUGACACUGAACAUAAGAUGGAAGUCAGAUUUGCAGAAGUGUGUAGAUGCAUCUCCACUAGUGGUAGUAUCGACCACUGAUAAUUAUCCAUCUGCCUUUGUAUAUAUUGGAUCUCAUUCUCACAUAAUUCAAGCAAUUAACCUACAUUCCGGAGAAGUCAAGUGGGAAAGCAGCCUUGCGGAUCGUAUUGAGUCCUCUGCCUGUGUAUCCAAGUGUGGAAACUUCAUCAUUGUGGGAUGUUACAAUGGAUUGGUGUAUGUCCUCAGAAGCAGUAAUGGGCAAGUACACUGGACAUUUUCCACAGAGGACGCUGUGAAAAGUUCUCCAACUGUGGAUCCUUCCACAGGAUUUAUCUUCAUUGGAUCCCAUGACCACCAUGUAUAUGCCUUAGAUAUUUAUAGGGAAGAGUGUGUUUGGAAGUUAAACACUGAAGCUGGGGCUGUAUUCUCCUCUCCUCAUCUCAGUGUAUUACCUCACCAUUUGUAUGUUGCGACACUUGGAGGAUUGCUGCUUGCUGUAAAUCCUAUUGUGGGGAACAUAAUCUGGAAACAUGUUUGCGGAAAACCUAUCUUCUCAUCACCACAUUGCAACAAGGACUCUGUGUGUGUUGGGUGUGUGGAUGGAAACUUAUACUGCUUUAGCCACUUUGGAGAAAAGGUUUGGGUGUUUUCCAGCAAUGGACCAAUUUUUUCAUCACCCUGUAUUUCACAUUGCACUAACGAGAUCUUUUUCGGCUCCCAUGACUACUAUGUCUACUGCUGUAAUAUGGAAGGUAAUCUGAUGUGGAAGUUCAAGACCACGUCAACUGUAUAUGCAACUCCAUUUGUCUUCCAAAGUCAGGAUUUGGGAGGUAAACCACUUCUAGCUGUUGUAUCUACAGAUGGCAGAAUAUGGAUCCUGAAUGCAAAGACUGGCUUGAUAGAAGGGUCAGGCAAACUCCCAGGAGAAGUGUUCUCUUCUCCUGUCGUAUGUGGAACAAGGAUUAUUGUAGGGUGUAGAAAUAACUAUGUCUAUUGUAUGGAUUUAUGUAUAUCUGAAAACAACACAACUGCCUAACCGUGGUCUAGUCAAAAUGUUCAAUUUUGUUUGUACUACAGGUAUUUAAACAUUUAUGUCUUCAUACAUUGGGGAGGGAGGAAUGGGGAGGGAGGAAUGGAUUCGGGUUUGGGACCCGCCUACCUGCGCAACUGCAUUUCCGUCUACGAACCCACACAACCUCUUCGAGAGGCUCUUCUCUCACUCCCGCCUGUAUCGCAAGUGCGACUUUUGGGGAUGAGAGAAAGGGCCUUCUCUGUGGUGGCCCCCCGGCUCUGGAAUUCAGUCUCCAGAGAUAUUAGGCAAGCCCCCACACUGGCAAUCUUCAGGAGGAAUCUGAAAACCUGGUUAUUCCAAUGUGUCUUCAAUGAUUGAAUGUAAGAGAUUCCCUGACCAAAUUUCACACUAAUGACCUCAGAAGCACUUUACUUUAUGGUUCAUGCAAUUAAUUCCUUCCUCAAUCCGGAUCUCCCUCCCCAAUAAUUUCCAUUGCCCAAUCUCCCAGUGUUUUAAAAUUUUAAAAUUUUAUCCUUAAAUUUGGCCUUGCCCCGUGCAAUUUCUGUAUGUUUAAUGUCCGAUUUUAUACUGCUGUCUCGCUUAUUAUUUAGGUUUUGCAUUUUAUGUUUUUUUAGUUCUGUUAUGCCUUGUGUUAUAGUGUAUUAUGCUUUUGUGUAAUAUUGUGUUUACUGUAUUGAUGGGCGUGGCCUCAUGUAAGCCGCCCCAAGUCCCCCUGGGGGAGAUGGAGCGGGGCAUAAAU